AAAUAAACGGAGGGCCGGAGGGAGAAGAGGGAAGGGAAAUAAGCGCGCGUCCGCCGGCAGCAGUCAGCAGUAGCAAUCGAGCCGCCGCCCGGGAGAUUCUUCGAGUCGUGCUUGGAUCUUGCUCCGGCCCCGAUUAAGCUGAAGCUCUGGAGCGUCCCAAUGGAGCGACCAGUAGGUUUCGAGGAGGAGGGAGCAGCAGCACCGGGAUCCGCCGCCCCGGAGGAGUUGCCGCCGGCGCAGUCCGUCUUGAACUUCAGGACCGUGCCCUGGCUGAGCUGGGACGAGUGGGACCACGUGAGGUUCUCCCUCUUCUCGUCUUCUCCGGACGCCAUUGAAGCUGCGCUCAUCAGAAUAUCGACAUGGAGAAGCAGGGGAUGUAUUCCACCGCUGAUUGAAGUUACUGCUGAUUUCGUUGUAGGUCAGCAGAUGGAUCCUUUCUUCAGGAAGGACCAAGAUCAAGCUGCACCUUCUGGUUUAGAUCAAAUUCUGGCUAAUCUGUACUCCAUGGCUGUUAUGAGGCUUGUCAAUGCUGUUGUUGAGAAGACACGCAAAAAAAGAGAAACGUCAAUUGCAGAAGCAGCUGAGGAAUAUGAUAUUCCACGCAUGCUGAUUGAUGUUCGUCAUGACUGUUCUCAUCGGGAACUCCCAGCACUUCCCCUGCUUCGUGAGGCCUCGCUUCAGGCCCUUGACUGGCUAAAGUCGUAUUACUGGGACCCUCAGAAGCAUGCACUUCCAUCUCCUGUAAGAGGUACAAGAGAGAAAAUCGAUUCUAAGCUUCGUGACCUGGCUUUACGCCGUUGUUCACUAUCUGGGCACAGAAAGAAGAGUCGAGCAAUUUUAAAUGAUCUCGUACUGCUAUACAAUUCCUUCUCCUCGGAAGUAGUAUCUUCAUUGCUAGGAUUGCUGCUGAAGGUUCUCCCUUCUUUCAUCGAUGAUCCUCAUCAAGAACGCCCCCGUGACCUUAUCCGGCAGAGCUCACUCUCUGAGUGGGGGACAUUGAUUACUCAGUUCUCCACUGCGGCACCAGACUUACUUUUGAACCUUCUACAGGAAAUUCUUGAUAAGAUUGGAAGUCAGGAAGCAACCAGAUAUGAAACUGGAAUCGAUCUAUUGUCGUCACCAGAAAAUACAGGAGAGGACACUGAAAUUGAUCGCCUUUGUUAUUUGUUUUCAUGGGUCGUUGGCAGGCUGAAAGAAGUAAAUGCUCCUAGGAGCAAGUCAUCACCUGGAACUGAAGCUCCACCAACUGAGAAAGAUAUGUCAAGAGGAAUUCUUCUCGAGAUCCUCCGCAGGCUUCUCGUAUCAGCUGCUUGGAACAAACAACUCAUGGAUUCGGCAGUAGAGCUGGCACAGCUGAUCAGAGAGACCUCUCUGGUGGAUAAAGUCCAGAAAUUCCAUUCGCUAGCAUGCUCAAAUUUGGAUUUCUCUGACAAGAUCCCUCCCGUCCAGAGUUCAAGUGACCUUUUCAAAGAGCAAGAAGAAUCCCUCCAUUUAGCCUCUCAGAAGCUAGAGUUGGUUGGAUUUAACUACACAGAGGACAAAGUUAUCAGUGAAGUGGCAACAUCAGGAAGAUGGAGGGUCACAAAAUCAUGGAGUUCGUGUCCAAUUGGCAUGCUGCCCUUUGACACAUCUUCUUCAUCACGUCUCCCAACACUCAGUUGUGAUGCAGAAGGCCGCCCAGUGAUGGUAGAAUGGAAUUUUAAUGAACUGGACUUGUGCACCCGCAAAAGAGAAACUAGCCCUCUUGGAGAUUCCAUGGAUAGCCCUAGUUCACCUGGAGAGAGACCGACAUAUCAAAGUACCAAGAAGAUUAGAGUUACGGAAGAAGAGGGUUCAGAAGCAGAAGGCACUCUAGGCUGCUUAGCAAUGAAUGGAGCUUGGAAGCAUGUCAAUUUAGAAGACCUGCGCGCCAUCAAGUCCACAGUUCAAAUUAUGCUCUAAUCCCAGGUUCGAACCUUGGGGACCCAGAGAUUGUGGAAAUUUGUUUUCAAAUCCUGCAGCAAACUGGACAAAUGGAGUAAGCUACAAUCAACUGCACCUCGAGCGCCGUUUCAGCCUUCAGGGAAUGUAGAUUGACCGAGCAAACAAAAGAAAAUUGAUGCGUUGUCCGUCGUCUCAGCCAGACACUGUAAGUUUUUUGGAUUGACGUGAUAGAUUUCUCAUUUACUAGAAAUUGAUCAUCUUUACAGACACUGUAAGUUUUGGAUUAACAUGAUAGAUUUCUCUUUUACUAGAAAUUGAUCACCUUUAGAAAACAUAGUUUCAACUUCAGUUUUGUGUACCUCCAACUCAAGAGACUAGCCUCAACUCGUGAGUCAUUGCCUAUGGUCCAUAUCGAGCCGUCGUUGUUGACAAUCAACAGUGACUUAAACUA